GACUUAUCUUUCGUCAGCCUUGUGAGUAGCAAUGCGUUGGACGCCCGUUGUUGUCGUGGUCCUGCUGGUGUCAUCAGCUCUCGCUGACUUGUACCUCCACAAUCCAAGAGGAAGCAACAACCGCCUGAAUGAGAGAUCGGCGAACAGACGAAACGGGAAUCGGGUGUUCGACUCGCAGAACAACAACAGAGGAGGUUACAAUGUAGGAGACCGAACAAACAAACCAUUCACACAGGAAAGCGACCAAUAUCCCAUGCAAUAUUUUCAAAGUGGUCCUUACAAACUGUACAAGGGCGCGAGUGAACAGGGCCAGUCCCUGCUCACUGUGGAAUGGACUAACCAACAUGGAUGUGGCGGCAAUGAAGACAGUGACCCACACAAACUCAACUGCAAUUUGGUGUUGCAGUACAUGUGCCAGAAAGACGACACCAGUCUGGACGAAUUCACGAAAAUGAGAGACGGUCUCAACACUAACACACAGAAUCAUAACCGACCAGCCUCUCUGAAGGAAACGAAAUCAGCUUUCCAAAACCGGCGCAACAACAAUGUUCAGCAAGACAGAGUGCUACACGAGAGCUUUGAAUGGUAUGACAAGUGCUACGUUCGUGAGAGAAAUAAAGGUCUCUUUACUGCAGACCAGAAACUCCGUACAAACAACGGCCUCGGCUACAGCUCAGCAAUCUACACUCGACAGAAUCCAAAUGGCAACCGUCGGGGAUACGAAUGUCCAGAAGAGAGAGACUAUUAUCCAUACUGGCACCCAACCGAUUGGGUUGAUAUCGCUAUCUUAGCAGAGAACAAUUCUCUGUGUUCGUACUAUCAGGAGGAAAGCCACAACGUAAAGCCAAAGCACGAAUGCUUUGAAUGGUAUGAGAAUGACGAGAACUGUGACCAACAGACCACCGAAAAGGGAUGUGAUGAUCAAUCUAGUAAAGGUUGUGAGUGGUGGUGGGAAUCAACAGAUCAGGGUCGUUGCCGUGGCCCUAGAAAGUAUUGGUCUCGUUGGAAUAACAAGAAAGACUGUUGGGAUAACGGUGGUCACUGGCUUGCCGUCACCAAAGUUCUCGAAACCCAUUCUUCUUACGCAUCAGAAGCAGCCUGUAAUGCUGCAAGUGGUAAAGCAGCUGUAGGUGGUGUCACCCUAUGGUGGGGACCAAAGAUUGAAAACAAGACAAGCGAAUGUCAUACGGUCCCCGAUGCACCCAAAUGCAGUGAAGCUCCGUGGAGUCGUGUCAAUCAUUUGGGUAAUGGCCGAGAUGCCCAGGCAAACAAUUUUACUUGGGUGCUUCCGUACUAUGCCAUUCCAGAGGAUAAACGUUGUGUCUUCCGAAUGAGAUACAACAUCUCAACCGACGACUACGAUCCCUACAAUACAAAUUCCAGUCACAAUGAUAACCCACAAGGUGGUGUGCGAUCUCCAGUUACUCAAAAUCCAACGAUAUCCAUCGGUUCGGACUCUAACAUCCCUUUGCGAUUGGCUAUCAACACCGCUCAGUUUGGCCGCACGUUCCAAGAUCGUUCUCAUCUCUUCAAGCUUCUAAGUCGUGAAAACCAUAAGGGCAACUUCGAUAGCAAUGACGAUGAACUGAAUAGUGUAAGAAUCUUUAAUCUCAAUGUUCGCGGCAAACGAGGUAACAUCGUGCAGGUCUACCCUUCUGUUGAGUACGACUUUUUCCCAACACAGUUGCAAAUGACUACCAAUGAUGCCGUUCAUAUUCAGUGGACGGGAUCUAAUACUCAUAACAAUGGAGCUCCAGGAGGAGAUGGACAGACAGGAGAUGCUGGCGAAGGAACGGGAGGUACCGACCGUCAUAAUCUUGUACAAAUUGAUGACUCACUCGAAAACUACCCGUUGCCAUUUGAGAAAACGACAAUGUGGAAGGGAGCAAAACCGAUAUACUGUGGCCACGCGUCCGCAUCACAGACAACCGAGAAACAACUUGCGGUCCUCAUGGCGUCAUCCGGUUACUACCAGUGCUUUAAACAAAACGAAUGCGGCAGCGAAUCGGUAGAACAGAAGACAAAGUUGAACAAUCUCUUGAACAACGCUCCCGCUUCGUUCGAGGGCUGCGUCAUGAAAUUUCAGCGUGGCACCUACCACUACAUCUGUUCCCGCAACAACAACUUCACAAACAGAAGCCAGAAAGGCAAACUCGUUGUAGUGUAGUCUAGCGUAACUCGUAAGACCCUGAAUGUAACAUGGAUGUUUAGUUUUGUUUAAGUGGCGUAGUGUUGCUGUGAUGAUAGACUUGGGUUAUAAGUUUCAUAUGUAUACUAGUACCACGGUUCAAUACCAUUGGGAGCUGGACUUCCAAUAAAGUUUAUUUUUGAGUGUACAA